AUGGCUCCGCCCUUGUUCAUCGCGCAAGAGGCUCUGUGCUUUUACCCCAUCAGCACUAUUUACGACUCAUGCCCACGGUACCUCUUUUAUGCCCUACUACUGGCUAGUUGUGUUACCCGGUGGACGGGAUGGCUGGCAAACGUGUUCCUGGGAGCCGCUGCCACAUAUGCAGGCACCGCAGCUAUAGAAGCCUUCAUCUUGUUGUCAAGUCCCCCCAAGUUACAAGAGCCUGUCCCUGUCACGAUUUCCUAUCUCGCAGAAAACAGCACACUAUGGGACAGCUUCCCACAGCUGAUCACUCAGACAGACCAAGUUAUCCUUCAGCCCAGUGCGCUCGACCUUGACGGCGAUGCCGUCAUGGCAAUAGUAGUCACCGGCUACCUCGUCUUCCUCCCACUACAAUGCUGGUCUCGUGUGUUGACUCAGGACAGAGCUCGGAAUCUCCUCUUCUAUCUAUGGAAUAUUUUGAUGCUGGCCGGAUCUAUCUGCGCUCUUGUAUACGCUGUGAACAAAAGUGAAAUCCCGACCCAGUACAUGUUCUGCUACCCUGACAUUCCUCCAUAUGAAUCAACCACCAGCGAUGGGUGGCAGGACUCUUGGAGAACAUCAACGUGGAAUACCAGUGUAUGGGAAACAUUCUCAAACAUCACAAAAUGGGGGGAGAUUGGCGACAUAUGCUACAACCCUUGCUUCAAUACUAGCCAGAUCUUACGAAAGCCAUCCAUGUUACAAUCAUGGGUCGCAGAAAAGGGAUCUGAGGUCUCACAUGGGAAUCGCUUCUGGGACAAACUUAUCUACUCAAAGCGGUACAUCUACAGCCUGAUUAUCUUGUGCUUCGUUUUGAAUUUCAUCCUGUUGACUUUCAAGUUCCUGCCAUACAAGUCGAGAAUUCCAUCUGCUCAGAUUGUGGUCAUCUGGAGAGCAAGAAAGGAUAUUUGGAGGAGUUUUAAAGAAGAGCUAAAGCAAUCACUGUCGGCCUCACCCAUCAAUGGAGUGGAAAGGAAGGAAAUGUCAAGUUUUGGCAAGCCCGCGUCCCGCUGGAAUCGCAUUCGACCCUUUUUCACCCUUCGCUUCCUCAAGGCAUUUCUUCGACUACUAGCCGACUUGGCUAUUCUUUUCGGCUUGCUAUUCAGUAUGAUUAUCAGCCCACUGACAAUCAUCGGGUUCGUCGCAUGGAUCGAAUGGUGGAUUCAUAAUGAUGGCCCAUCGCAGGAAAAUCCACAACAGGUUGGGCAAUGGUCAUAUCUGGUUUCCAUAGCGCUUCUGGUCAUAUCCGCCGCCAUUUUAACGUUGAAGUACCGAAUAGCGUCGGUGGCAGAACUUGACUGUGAGAUAGAAACAUUGAGAACACACCUUCACAACUUGGAGGAGAGGAGAGAUGCGCGAGUGGAGUCUGAGAGAACUUCAUUGACGGCAGAGAAUAAUAUAGGCCCGUGA